AUGCCCGGCGGUAAGAGACAACAGAAGAAAGCCUCUCCAUGGAUCAGUGACAGAGAGCUCAAGAAAAUGACGGCCGGUGCUGCCCCGCCGCCCGUCGAAGGACCAGCAAUCGACUACGGUGACGAAGUCGACCCACAACUCUUCUGUCAAUGGGGCGAACAUGCUACACCACCCAUCUGGGACGAUCGUCCAGUCUACCAGGAUCGUGAUCUCUCGAAGACCAUCAAGGAAUGGCAGAGCAAGGUCCCAGUGGAGUCCAAACCCUUCGGCAUCACGUCAAACGUCAAAGGAAGCACCAACUUCUCGUUCAAAGUCGGUCAAACCAACGCUCCCGGUGGACUCCUCUACUUCCUACCGCCGAAACACGAUGAGUCUCUCAUGUGCGAACUAGUGCCCCGUGCCUGGAUACCGCAUAAUUUCGAGUCGGGCCAAAGUCUACAGUCGUUCUGGCAGCAACAGAUCAGCGGUGCGCCACAACCACAGGAGGAAUCUGACUUUGGUGACCGUAAACCAUUCUGGGAUCGCUAUCUUACCGUAAACUCAGCAGUUCAGUGCUUCCCAGCCCAGCCCGACUACGAGGAGUGCGACACUCGCCGAGACAGGCAAAUCGACAAGAAGGGGCGUGAGAUGGAUCGUGGCAGUCAGGGCUGGACCAACCGAUACCUUCAAGACCCCGAUCAGUUCAUGAAGACUCGCUUUGACAGAAAGGCCGGAAGUGCUGAAGGAAAGCAGCGUGAUGACGAGCCACCCAAGGCAUCACUCUUUGAGGAAACACCAAUGAUUGAGAACAGUCUGAAACCGGCAUUGCAUCUCUCGAUCCGCAUGGCACAAGUCGGCGAUCUUCCUCAGAUCACAGACAUUUACAACCACUAUGUCAAGAACAGCGUAUGUACCAUGGAGAUGGAGCAGGACCUUAUCAGUAUCACAGACAUGAGGAACCGUCUUGAAAGCGCUCGAAGCGGCCACCUCCCGUUCCUCGUCGCCUGCUCGCCUGUUGGAUACGGCGGUAAGAAGCGUCAUCCCGAUCGUUUCCCUUGUGAGACAGUCCUGGGAUUCGCUUACGCUGAUGAGUACGCUGGCCCGAGAACAGCAUUCCGCUUUUCUGUCGAGGUUGCACUGUUCGCACUCCCUGGACGUAAGUGGGCACGUAAAGGCACCAGCAAGUGCCUAAUGGACAAGCUCCUUGGACUGUUAGACCAGUUCUACAUUCAGCGUGGCGGUUACCAACUUGACGAAGAUCUGGGGCUUGGAACACAGCGUCUUGUGUCGCGCAUCUUCCUCAACUACCUGAACUCGGAGGAGGACAAUACCAAGGAGUGGAUGAAGCCCUACCUGGAGUCGUGGGGAUUUGAAGAGCAGACCACAAUCAAGAAAGUCGGCUACAAGCUAGGCCAAGUUGUCGACGUCACGCUCUUCCACAGGGAAACAGGACUGGUAAUCGUGCCGAGCAACCCUCCAAUCCCCCCUCCCAAGACUUGA